AUGAAACUUCAUCUCGGCUUGGCCUUAAUCAUUGGCGCAGCUUCUAGUGCACUAGGUGCUCAAGAAUACUGCAAUGCUAAUUACAAGCCUGUAGGCGACAAGGAUGUCGUACUUGAUCUCUCAAAACUGAACAGAGCGUUCACCAUUAAGACAGAAGAACAAACUCCUCCAUCCACUCAAACGAAUGAAGUCACGAUCAAUAUCUGUGAUGAACUGCAAAAACCCGAGGACGUCAAAGAAGAAGAUUUUUGCGACAAAGGAGCGUAUAUCUGCCGUCGAUCUAUUAUCACCCGAAAGGAACAAAAGAUAGUAUCGCAAAUCCAAAGCAUUGCAGGCGAGUUUGAAAAAGAUAAACUGAAUCCUGCGUUUAAGGCAGCUGAUUCGAAUCAGGACUUGACUAAAAGUGGGGCACAGUUUUCGCUCGUGUUAAAUGGUGGUAAAUACAAUGAUCAGGCACAAUCAGCUCAGCUGACGUUGCAAUGUGACGAAAGUCAGGACCGCAGUAAGGACCCUUCGGACCCUACGUUAAAUUCCUAUCAAAACAAUGUCAUGUCAUUGACUUGGAAGACUGUAUUUGCUUGCGCCACAAAGGAAGGUGAGGCUCCUCCUCCUCCUCCACCUCCACCAUCCGACGGAGAAAGUAGUGAAGGCAUGUCUGGUGCAGGCAUUUUCUUCACCAUUGUGGGCGUGUUGCUUGCAGUGUAUUUCAUUGGCGGCGCCUUUUACAACUUUAAGAUGUACAACGCAAGAGGUCUUGAUCUCAUACCCCAUCGUGAUUUCUGGCUCGAUUUGCCAUACUUGAUCAAGGACUUAAUAUCUCAUCUUGUCGAUUCAAUCAUGUCGCAUCGACGAGGUAGUGGUGGCUAUGUAGCCGUCUAA